UAUCUUUUUAUUUGAUUAUAUAAUUUCAAUAAUGUUUCCUAGUUAAACUUAAAUCCAAAGAUUAAUUCUCCUAUAAAACGAACACUAUAAUCCUUUUUUUUUCACCUCGUACUAUAAAUCCCAAAUUUCUUCAUUGGAUUUGGAUAUCUUUUUUUUGUUCUAAUGGCGGAUUCAUCACUCCCACAAGAUGCUCUUUUUCUUGGCUUUGACAGUUCUACUCAAUCACUGAAGGCUACUGUGCUUGAUGCCAAUCUGAAUAUUGUGGCUGCUGAACUGAUAAAUUUUGAUUCAGAGUUAUCCCAUUACAAAACUGAAGGGGGUGUUUAUCGUGACGCAUUAGUAAAUGGGAGAAUUGUCUCACCCACAUUGAUGUGGGUAGAGGCAUUUGAAUUGAUUCUUCAGAGACUUGAAAAAUCAUCAAAAUUCGAUUUUGGGAAGAUUGCGGCUGUUUCAGGUAGUGGACAGCAGCAUGGUAGUGUGUUUUGGAAGAAAGAGAGUGCAGCGAUAUUGUCGUCCUUAGAUGCUAAGAGAUCGUUGUUAGAGCAGCUAAAUGAUGCUUUUUCGACUAAAGAAUCUCCGAUAUGGAUGGACAACAGCACAACAGAACAAUGCAAGGCGAUAGAGAAGGCUGUUGGAGGGGCAAUGGAGUUGUCUAGACUUACUGGUUCUCGCGCAUACGAGAGAUUUACUGGUCCGCAGAUCCGGAGAUUGUUUGAGACACAACCGGAGGUUUAUAAUAAUACUGAGAGGAUCUCCCUUGUUAGCUCCUUCAUGGCAUCUUUGCUUAUUGGGGGCUAUGCCAGCAUUGAUCACACGGAUGGUGCAGGGAUGAAUUUGAUGGACAUUAAGCAAAGAGCGUGGUCCGAAAUCAUUUUGAAGGCCACAGCUCCUGGUUUGGAGGAAAAACUUGGAAAAUUAGCUCCGGCACAUGCUGUUGCUGGAUCUAUUGCUGCCUAUUUUGUGGAGAGGUAUCACUUCAACAAAGACUGUUUGAUCAUUCAAUGGUCUGGAGACAAUCCCAACAGCUUGGCAGGGUUGACUUUAAAUACUCCAGGGGAUCUGGCGAUUAGCCUUGGCACUAGUGAUACAGUUUUCGGAAUAACAAAGGAUCAUAAUCCAAGCAUGGAAGGGCAUGUUUUCCCUAAUCCCGUCGAUACUGAAAGCUACAUGGUAAUGUUGUGCUAUAAAAAUGGAUCACUGGCUCGUGAAGAUAUACGCAACCAUUAUGCUGAAAAGUCUUGGGACGUUUUUAACAAAUAUUUGCAGCAAACUCCUCCUCUAAAUGGUGGUAGAUUAGGAUUUUACUAUAAGGAUUUUGAGAUACUGCCACCCCUCCCAGUUGGUUUCCACCGCUAUAUCCUUGAGAACUUCACUGGAGAUUCUCUUGAUGGAAUAAAAGAGCAGGAAGUGGGAGAGUUUGAUCCCCCUUCCGAGGUUCGAGCCAUCGUAGAGGGACAACUUCUUUCCAAGAGAGCUCAUGCUGAAAGAUUUGGAAUGCCUUCUCCUCCAAAGCGAAUAAUUGCCACUGGAGGUGCUUCUGCUAACAAUUCCAUUCUAAGCUUGAUAGCUUCCAUCUUUGGAUGUGAUGUUUACACAGUUCAACAGUCAGACUCGGCUUCCCUAGGUGCUGCUUUGAGGGCUGCUCAUGGUUGGUUAUGCAACAAGAAGGGCAGUUUUGUGCCGAUCUCAUCCAUGUACAUGGACAAGAUGGAGAAGACAUCACUCAACUGCAAGCUCGCAGCAACAGCAGGAGACCAGAAGCUUGUCGCCAAGUAUGCUACGUUGAUGAAGAAGAGAACUGAAAUUGAGAAUCGCCUCAUUGAAAAGCUGGGGCGUUUGUGAUCUUGAGAUUAUUCUAUGCACAGCCAGCUCCAAAUAAUUUGAGAGUAGCAAAGAUGUCAGAUCAUUUGUCUCUUUAUAUAUCCUUGAGCCUGAUGAGAACUCUUGUUAAAUUCUUUCUUCUUCUUUUUCAGUUAGAAUAAUCUUAUACUCUCUGUAAACAGAUCCAACAACCCUAUCAGAUGAUUGAAUAUUUGAAUUCAUGAUGAUUUGCGCCUUAAGUUUUAGUGGUGAUGCCAUAUGAUAUAUAUAAAUGAAUAAGAGAUUAGUAAGAUAGCCAGUGUAAAUAUAAUUAGUUUGCACAACUUGAGAGAAGAACAUAACUUUUUUUAUGCA